GGCAGUUGGGAGAACAGAGAGGGCUGCUGCGUCCUCCACGAGCUCAGCUAAGAGAUCUCCGACGUGCUCAACAGAGUAUUCAGCCUACUUCCUCCUUGGGUCCAGCACACCAGAUUCAGCCUGGGGACCAUGUGAUGGUGAGAAGCUUCCUGCGGUCGGGUUCCCUCACAGAUCGGUGGGACGGUCCUUGGCAAGUGCUCUUGACAACAGAUACCUCCAUAAAGGUUGCCGAAAGAGACACGUGGGUACAUGGAUCCCAUUGCAAACCGGUAAGAGACCCAAGUUUGAAAAAACAAAGAGACUCUGAUUUGUGCGCAGACACGACGAAAGAUUCCAGAGACUCUAAUUUGCUUGUGAAUACAGACUUACCCGACCUGUGUGUAGCAGGGCUCUUCAAGCAAGAUGGAGAUGAUUGCAUAUAAUCGAUUACAGGCCUACCGAAUAAUGUCCCAGAAAAGUUUCAAGUUAUUUUGCUGUUUACUGGGAACCAUCAUGGUCCUUACCAUAGGGGGCAUUUUGUAUCUUGGAGAGAGGGCGAGCAGGGGCUCAUGGUCUGAUUAUGCGGCCUCCAUUAGAGUGGAUGGUCAUUAUUUUAACCAAACAAUUCCUUCCUCUUUUCUAAGCAGGCCCCCCCGAUCUAUCAACAACGAUGAUCUGUGCACCGAGUCUGAUUUACCUCCAGUCGAAAGGUGCAUUUGUGAUUACUGUACCAAACCCCCAGAGGAGAGGUGCAUACUCUGGUGUAUGGAUAAUGUUGGAUAUUACUCUCGGAAUUACCCCAUUCAAAAAUAUCACGCACUGUUGGGACAGGUAUUGAAUGUCACAAAUUGUUGGGUAUGUACCAGAACACCGCUAUUGAGCGAAAAUCUGCCUAUGUCACCAGUCCCUGCAUCACACGAUGAGAUAACCAAAGUGAUUAGUGUAGAGAGUUGUGAAGAAGAUUGUAGCCUAAAAAGUUGUGGAAGACACGUUACUGAUCAAUAUAACAAGACAAAGCCACCCAUCAUCGUUCUGGCCCCACAUGUUAGUGAUCGAGUGCCAUUUUGUUUUAAUAAAACUAUAGUUGACAUGAGAUCCUAUGAACCACAACUGUGGACCAGUGCAGGAAUGUUUACCCUUCCCAAGGCAGAUCACCCGGUUCAAUUAGGUAAAGUGGAGAAAGGAUAUUGUGAUAAAAUUGUUAACAUAUACAAGCCAUAUGUUCCACAGUGUGCUGAGCCAUGUAGCGAGGAUUUUAAAAGCUCCAAUUGCAUUUCAUGCACCAUAGAUUACUACAACUCUGUAUUUGAUUACACGUUACCAGUAAAUGUUCCUCAUUCUGAGACAGAUCCUAUUGUACAGACAUGCCAGAUUGGUAUGAUAGUGGCUACUAUGGUAUUAGGAUUUGACAUUCCCUACCUUCUUCCACAUGAUAUGUAUUACAUUUGUGGGAAAAAUGCUUAUAAAUGGUUACCCCCAAAUUCUGAAGGUCUUUGCUACCUGGGGAGAAUUAUUCCACAGUUCUACACCAUAACCCAUGAUGAGUUGAAAAAAGUGUUUUUACAGGAUGGUCAAAAAGAUGGUCAACGUUAUAAGAGAGACAUAAUAAUUCGGAAACACCUUCCGUUAAUUGACUCCUCCAUAAAGCAUCGUAUUGGUACCACCCUUGCCAACAUCUUUUCCUAUGGUACCUGGGGCUAUUUGGAGAACCAAAAGGAGAUUGUUGAUCUAGCCCAAUUCAUUGACAACGUUACUGAACUUUAUGAUGAGACAUUUCGAUAUGUCGGACAUGAACUGAAAGCUUUUCGUAAUGAACUGUUACAACACAGACUCGUUUUGGAUUACCUGACAGCCCAGUCAGGAGGUUAUUGUCUAACCCUUGAAACUAACCUCGGCGUACAUUGCUGUAAUUAUUUGACUAACAAUGAUACUGAUCCAGACGCCAUUAUUGCUAAUUACAUGAAUGAAGCUUAUGAUUUAAAGGAAGAUUUUAAACGAGCACACUAUGAUCCCGAUUCUGAAGAUGAUGCAUGGUGGUCUAUGUUUAACCCCAGUACCUGGUUCUCAGGAAUGGGAGCCUGGUUUUCUAAUGUGAUGUAUUCUGUGAUGAAAUUUAUCCUUGUGAUCAUCGUAGCCAUCUUGUUGCUAUACACAGUCUACAGAUGUGGUUUAUGUUGCAUUCAGAAAAUUACUGCCAAACGCAGAACAGCAAUUUUACAUGAAAUGAUCAUUAGUGAGCUGUACGUUCCUAGAAACUCUCCUGAGAUGACAGGGUACAUGGAUAAUGUCCCUGAUCAAAGGGUGGAGCUGUCGAAUACUGUGACAGAGACAAACUGCUGA